GCAGAACUGUAAACACGAUCGUUUAUAAAAGGCAGAUGAUUUACGUUUUAAACCAAAGAAAUUACUCCAUUACCCAAAAUUUCUCUUUAAAAAAAUCAGCAAAAAAAAUUCAAUAGAUUUUUAAUUCAAAACUUCAUACCAGAAUUUUACACAAUUUUUUAAACUGUCGUUGUUUAACCAAGAAGUCUAAGUCUUAUAUAUUAACAUUGUUUUAAAAAAAAAUGAAAACCCCUUAAGACUGAAAACCGACCAAACAAAUACACUUUACUGCUCUUUAAUUUUACAAAUUAACUUAUUAUUAAUAAAAUCUUCAUAUAAACAAUUUAAACCGAUUUUUUUACGUCAAAGAAACGCCUAUUACUACUUAGUACUUUUUGGUACCGCUGGGCAGUUUUCCUCUUUUGAUUUGUUUUUCUCUUGAUCCGGUGCAGAGGGAGGAUGGCGAUCGAGAUCGAAUCCGCCGACGUCGUCCGGCUUAUCCAGCAGUACUUGAAGGAGUCAAAUUUAGUCAAGACUCUACAAACCCUGCAGGAAGAAACUGGUGUUUCACUCAAUACAGUAGACAGUAUUGAUGGCUUUGUCUCCGACAUUAACAACGGCCAUUGGGACACUGUCCUUAAAGCGAUCCAGUCUCUCAAAUUGCCAGAUAGCAAGCUGAUCGAUUUAUACGAACAGGUAGUUUUGGAACUGAUAGAGCUGAGAGAACUGGGUGCAGCCAGGUCCCUCUUGAGGCAGACAGAUCCGAUGAUUGUAAUGAAACAAAAUGAACCCGAUAGAUAUAUUCAUCUUGAAAAUCUUCUUGCGAGGUCAUAUUUUGAUCCCAGGGAGGCUUAUGCUGAUGGGACAUCCAAAGAAAAACGACGUGCUGCAAUUGCACAAGCGUUAUCUGGUGAAGUUUCAGUCGUGCCUUCAUCUCGUCUUCUUGCUUUAUUGGGCCAAGCAUUGAAAUGGCAGCAACACCAGGGCCUCCUUCCACCAGGUACGACAAUCGAUCUGUUCAGGGGCAAGGCUGCCAUAAGGGACCAGGAUGAUGAGAAAUAUCCGACGCAGCUUUCUAAGCAGAUCAAGUUUGGCCACAAGUCACACGUUGAAUGUGCCAUUUUCUCUCCGGACGGCCAGUUCCUGAUAACGGGCAGCGUUGACGGUUUUAUCGAAGUCUGGAAUUUUACAACUGGCAAGAUAAGGAAAGAUUUGAAGUAUCAGUCUCAAGAAAACUUCAUGAUGAUGGAAGAGGCGGUCCUGGCCCUGGGCUUCAGCCGGGACUCGGAAAUGCUCGCCAGUGGGUCACAAGAGGGCAAGAUCAAAAUUUGGAAACUAAUGACAGGCCAGUGUCUUAGAAAAUUUGAAAAGGCUCACAAUAAAGGAAUCACUUGUAUACAAUUCUCAAGGGAUAACAGUCAGAUCCUCACAGCAUCCUUUGACACAACAAUUAGGAUUCACGGAUUGAAAUCAGGAAAGUCCCUUAAGGAAUUCAGAGGGCACAGUUCCUUUGUAAAUGAUGCAAUUUUCACUAGUGAUGGCCAUAACGUGAUAAGUGCUUCUUCCGAUGGUACAGUUAAAGUCUGGAAUAUCAAAUCGACUGAGUGUGUUAACACUUUCAAGUCACUUGGCGCCGGCGAUGUCAGGGUGAACAGCGUUCACCUCCUGCCUAAAAACCAAGAGCAUUUUGUUGUUUGUAAUAAAACUAAUUCCGUCGUUGUCAUGAAUAUGCAGGGACAGAUUGUAAGAUCAUUCUCGAGCGGUAAAAGGGAAGGAGGUGAUUUUGUUUGUGCAACACUUUCCCCAAGAGGAGAGUGGAUCUAUUGCGUCGGUGAAGAUCUUGUUCUUUACUGUUUCUCCAUUACUUCAGGCAAACUAGAAAGAACGUUAAAUGUUCAUGAAAAAGAUGUGAUCGGACUAUCUCAUCAUCCUCAUCAAAAUCUGCUAUGUACAUAUAGUGAAGAUGGCUUAUUAAGAUUAUGGAAACCCUAAACAUUUUCAUGCCAGUUUGUUUAUAUAAUGUACAUUUUAAUUUUUAAAAUAAACUUUUUAUUAGUAUUUAAUGAAAUUUUGAUAAUGAAAUAUAUAGAGACAAUUGUUUUGAGUAUAUUUUUGGUAAAGUUUAUUAAUUCUUAAAUUAUAAAAAAAGAAAAAGUUCUCACUCUUGGUAGUCUUUCAUUUCUAACCAUGGAACUGACGAAAAAUCAAAUUACAUUUCAAAAUAUCCACCUUUAUUUAUUCAAAUAGUCUUAAACUUGAACUGAUGACUCAUU